AUGACCGUCAUCUCCCAAAAUGGCUUGCGGAUGCUUGACGUGGGAAUUGUCAAUCAGACAACCAUGAUCACCACUUCGAUAGAUGCUAACCUUCGCAUUUGGAACUGCGCCCGAAAGUUCCAAGAACCAGAAACCAAAGUCAGUUUUGAACAAAUUAGGCACGGAUCUGUCCAGGACGUGAAGUUUCUACCAAAUCCACGCUAUCUGCUAUUUAUGAUUGGUUUUGGUCCUUUUUAUUGGUAUGUUUAUGACGUCACCACCUGUGAAAUCCUCAUGGAAUUGCAAUUGAUCAAUGGUAACGCGAUGGCAUUUCCCUUAAGCAAUACACAAAUCGCCGCCGUGAGCCAAUCUUGCAAACUGAAAAUUGUGGACUUGGAAACUUGCUCGAUAACCAAGGUGUUCAAAGGAAAAGUGCAUCCUACAAGUUGUUUUCUAACAAUAAAAAACGGCAAAGAGAUUCUGACUACUAGUUGCUGCAGACGGAACUUAAAAGUCUACGAUACAGAAGCGGGACAAAUAAUCAAAACAAUGCAGGGUGUCAGUCAAAAUAUUUCCCAUAUUUCUAUAAACAAAAGUGAGAACAUCGCUCUGGCAUUUACUGAAGGUGACUGUGUCCUCAUCGUAGACAUGCUCCAAUAUGAGAUACUGCACAUAAUGAACCCAAAAGACAUUGAAUUUUGCAACAGUAUGUUGACGAACCAAGAGGCCGUUCAGGUAUCAAGUGACGGUACUUUGUUGAUAUUAAUGGUUAAGAAAUAUCUUGACAUCAACAGGACGGACAAUAUAUUUUCUACUGUGCUUUGGAACAUUACACAAGAGAACGUCCACUGUCAUAUGUUUGACAAGGAGUACCAUGAAAGAUACAAGGAUUUUGCUGUUGAAAUGAAUGCUGAUGUUGAAUCAGCCACUUUUAUGCAGGAGGACCAGGUCGUAUUGUCCACACACGAUGACUACAUCAUUAGAGUAUUUUCUACAGCUUCAGACACAUUCAAAAAACAUGGUUAUGGAAAUACAAUAAAAAUGACUGAUGAUGAAGUUGAUGAUGAUGAUGAUGAUAACGACAACUGA